GGUUUCGUCAACAGAUGGCGCAACACUCGCAUGGUUACUUGGCAACGAGCUGCGUUUGUUUUCACAACCUGUCACAACCUCAAAUGUUCUGCCAAAGUGCCUGACAUCGGUCGAGCCAGCAAAACGAAGAAAUGGAAAGCAAAGAUGCGGAUAAUGCAACCACGUCUCCGCAAUCGGAACAUCAGUCCGAGGACGAGGCAGAAGGUGGAGAGUAUGAAGGCGAGAGAAAAUCCGACGCAAAUUUCGGUGGGCUGGAGGGUUCGGAGCAAGCACAGGUGGCUGCACUGCCAACUUACCAAAUUCGACCACCACUUUCUGAGAAAUUCAAACCUAUGAGCGCAAAAGAAGUUAUACACAAUGUACUUUCCGAUCAACUCUCUACGAGAGUUUAUGAUCCGAAAGAGGCGCGCAAAUGGUGUAAAGAAAUUGCUGAUACCAUUAGAGACAAAGUUAAAGAUUUGAAAUUUAAGCGAUAUAAGUAUAUAGUCAAUGUCGUAAUGGGAGAGCAUCGUGGUGCUGGCGUUAAAAUGGGCACCAGGUGCAUAUGGGAUGCCGAAGCUGAUAGCUAUGCCCACGACAAUUUUUUGAAUGAGUCUAUAUUCUGUGUCGCAGCAGUUUACGCUGUGUAUUAUUACUGAAGUUUUUGCAAGUGGUUCAUACUUGGAAGUUUCGAUUACGGAUGAAAUGAGAUUGUGUGGGUGACGUAUAAUUCUUAGACCCUGAGCAUAUACCUAGAGGUACGUCACUAUUAAGUUCUACGAUUAUGGGCGCUGCAUGAUCUUAUCGGUUUCAUAUCAAGAUACUUACUUAUUGUAGGAUUUUUAUAUCCUUUUCUAUUUUAAAUCAUACAUCUGUGUGAAAUAGCCAAAAAGUACAAAUUGCGCGUAUUAUUUACAUUUUAAAUAUGACAUUAUCUAUCUAGAAUGGUUCCAUUCGUCAUUAUUUUUCUCAGCAUUGCUAGUCUUGCUUCCUCACAUGUCACAUAUAACAAAAAUGAGCUUUUCAGUUUGGAUGCCUUAAUUGGUGACAAGUUGAAGAAAUUUUAAACAGGGUAAAAAACUAAAAAGUUGAGCGUAAUUAGAAUCGUAGUCGUGCAUCGAGGUUCAAUUAUUAUUAAACCUGUAUUAAAUGUGUCGCGGGAAAAUGAUGCUAGCUCGGAAUGAUGUAAGUAACAUUUUAAAACACGAAGAAUUGAGACUUUUUCUUUCGCGCUUUCUCAUCUCCGCGCCAUUUAUUUUACUUGGAUUGUAUUUGGAGGAAAAACGCUAUCCACAAAACACUUGCAGUUGUAAGAAUUUGGUCGACCAUUUAUGUUUUUAUAUUUACUAUUUUACUGUACCGAGGCUAAGGGUGUAAGUCUUUUUGAUCCAAGAUUUGCAUUGUUGUUAGGAAUGUGGAGAAUGCCGAUAUUCUCAAGAAUAACGUUAUGACGAGAAUUUAAGACAAUGCAUCAUAUAUUUGCGUAUUUUGUUGCUGGUAAAAAUUCCUGAUAUUUUCUGUUGAUAUUCUACGAGAUUCACCUCUCAGUCGGUCAUUUAUAAUAGGUACUUUGGAAUAUUUACGUUGAAAAAGCGAAAAUAUAAGUAGGGAUUAGAAAUAGCAGUCAGUUUAUUGAUACAUGUGUGCGUGUGUGUGUAUGUAUAUAUGUAUAUAUUAGAUUAUAUUACGUUAAAGUAUUCAUACAUGCUCACGCUAGUUAUGGCAUUGCGCAAUAUAUGUGGUUUCUUCUGUUUCUUUUUACAAACAUACCUGCGACUAUUAAGCCGGUCAAUUAUGUCUCCGGAUAUACGUACAUAUAUGUAUAUAUACAUAUAUAUACACACAUAUAUAUAUAUAUAUAUAUAUAUAUAUUAUUUCGCUUAUAUACGAUUACAACCAUUAAAAUUAUUAUAGCACCAUAAUUCACGGCUCUUUAAUACCAUGAUAAUACGUGUAUCCUUUUUGAUUUUUUAUGCAAUAUUUACCUCAUUGCUUGAUCUUCUUUUUUUAA